UGAGUGAAGGCUAAUCCUUACAGCCUCAAAAGAUUGUAACCUUCCAUGUGUCAGAAAAUGGAGACACUCUGGUGCAGGAGGCAUUCGAGAUGGCUGUGGAGCAAGAGGAGACUGCUGUGGCACAGGAAGUGGAACAGGAAGUGGCACAGAUUGGCAUUGGUGCAUAUGAAGGUACUGAUUUCAGUGUGGUGGAGCAGAUCUCUGAGGAGACAACACACAGCAGUUUAGAGGAGCCCUCAGCAGAGCCUCAGGUGAUGGAAGUGAGUACUGAGCCCUUGUCCAUCUCUACACCUCUCAAAGAAAAUAAAGAGAAGUUUUACGUUAGCUCAGGCUUGACAGACGGAGUCCUGCAGCAGGUGGAGCUCAGCAGUGAAGCUCCAGCAUCUCCUCCGCUGUCUUCAUCACCCCAUUCUCAACAGCUGAACACCAAGCGCUUCUCAUGUCGCAUCUGCAUGGAGGCUUUCCAUGGCCGAUCGGACAUGGAGAACCACAAGAGGGCGCACAUCGACCCCAAAACAUUCAAAUGCCCCGACUGUGAUUUCGCAGCACCUUCUUGGCCAGAAGUCAAGACUCACAUGGCCUUGCAUGCAUAUUUGAGACCUCAUAAAUGCACCAGCUGCAGUUUUGCCUCUAAAAACAUGAAAGACCUGCGACGCCACAUGAUGACACACACCAACAAGAGGCCUUACUCCUGCCAGGUGUGUGGCCAAAGGUGAGCAACUGAGAAAGAG